GUCAUUCAUGCCGUCAAUUCAUUUUGGACGUGGUUUGAUUAAAUCAUAUUAUCAGCGAUAAAUUUCUUUUCACAUAAUUGCAUUUGCAGUGCAUUCAUACAAACGCGAAAACAUAUGUGCAUACGGGAAAAAUGCCACCAGCCAGACGAGCAAAUAUAGGUCGGCGAACGCGUAAUGCAAAUGAUGUGGCAUUACUAAGACGAUCACAGACUGCAGAUGAACGCGCACAAGCUAAUGCAUCGCAGCGUGAACGUAAUGCACGCAAUAGAUUUGUUAACCCAGUACCUGUACUGAAUCUUGCACGGCCAUCACGAAUACGUCGUGCUGUUUUGGCUGAAAUGAUGCGUGCUGCUUUUAAUUACAACAGUCAGAUUGAUUAUAGUAUGUAUGGAUACAUUGGAAUGAUGGACGCAAUAUGUCCACAUUGUGAUGCGGCUAACUUUCGAGGUGAAACACCCGGCAUGUGUUGUGCUAAUGGCAAAGUGAGAUUGCCAGCAUUAGAAACUCCACCCGAACCAUUGUAUUCAUUUAUUUUUGGGACAUCGCAAGCGUCGAAGCACUUUCUGAGUCAUAUUCAACAAUACAAUUCGGCAUUUCAAAUGACUUCUUUUGGUGCAACUAAAAUUAUUAGAGAUAAUUUUAUGCCGACGUUUAAGAUUCAGGGCCAGAUUUAUCAUCAAGCUGGUUCGUUAUUGCCAUACCCCGACGCUGAUCAUCAAUUUUUGCAAAUUUAUUUUAUUGGUGAUGAAAAUCGUGAAUUGGAUCAACGUUGUGCAAUUGUUUCGAAUACAAGACGAGAAAUUAUUCGUGAGCUACAAAGGUUUUUCCAUCAGCAUAACGCAUUAGUUCAAUUGUUUAAAAUUGCUCUCGAUCGUAUGCCAACUGAUAAUCACAAAAUCGUAAUAAGAGCUGAUAGAACACCUUUUGGAGAGCAUGCAAGGCGAUUUAAUGCACCAACAAUUGAUGAGGUUGCAAUUCUAAUUCUUGGUGAUCAGUUUCAAUCCCGUGAUAUUGUACUUCAUCGUAGAAAUGAGCAAUUGCAACGUGUUUCGGAACUUCAUCGUAGUUACGAUGCAUUACAGUACCCAAUAUUGCAUUGGAAAGGUGACGAUGGUUACCAUAUCAAUAUACCAAUGAUUGAUCCACGAACAGGUCUACAUAUACAGAAAAAAGUUAGUGCCAUGAAUUUUUAUUCGUAUCGAUUGAUGAUUCGUCCACAAGAACAAAAUUAUAUCUUAAAAUGUGGUAAACUAUAUCAUCAGUACAUCGUUGAUAUGUAUGCCAAAAUAGAGACUGAACGUCUUAAUUUUAUUCGUUUCAACCAAGCAAAAUUAAGAUCCGAAGAAUAUAUUCAUUUGCAAGAUGCGAUAGCGAAUGAUGCUAAUGCUAAUGUUGAUUGAAGCUACGAUCUUAACUGGUAAAUCAAAAGGAGAAGUUGUUUUGAUACCGCGUAUACCUAUGAUUCCAACUGAUAUGCCUUUUGAGUUCAAACGUUUACAAUAUCCUGUGCGUUUAUCAUUUGCGAUGUCCAUCAACAAGGCCCAAGGUCAAACACUUCACGUUUGUGGUGUGAAUUUGGAGGAACAUUGUUUUUCACAUGGCCAGUUAUAUGUUGCCUGUUCCAGAGUCGGUACCCCCAGCCGUUUGUUUAUUUAUGCUCAAAAUGGAAAAACAAAAAAUAUUGUUUAUCCAAAUGUUUUGGAUUAAGUGUGUUGUA